AGACACCAUGUCUGCUGUUGCUUCCUCAAAAGAAGAUACAAUGUCAUCUAAAAAAGCAGAUGAAAAAGAACCUGAAACUGAAAACAAAGCUGAGGAAAGUGAUGAGGAUGAAGAGGAAGAAGAGGAGGAAGAAGAAGAAAAGGAAAAGAGUCUCAUUGUCGAAGGAAAAAGAGAGAAAAAGAAAGUAGACCGAUUGACUAUGCAGGUAUCUUCCUUACAAAAGGAACCUUUUACAAUUACACCAGGAAAAGGACAAAAACUCUGUGAAAUCGAAAGGAUACAGUUCUUUUUGAGUAAAAAGAAGACAGAUGAACUUAGGAACCUACACAAACUCCUCUACAACAGGCCAGGCACUGUUGCUUCCCUGAAGAAGAAUGUGGGUCAGUUCAGUGGAUUUCCAUUUGAAAAAGGAAGUGACCAAUAUAAAAAGAAGGAAGAAAUGUUAAAAAAGUUUAGGAAUGCAAUGUUAAAAAGUAUCUGUGAAGUUCUUGAUUUGGAGAGAUCAGGAGUUAACAAGCAACUGGUAACCAGAAUCCUAAACUUUUUAAUGCACCCAAAGUCUUCAGGCAAGCCGUUGCCAAAGUCCAAAAAAACCCCGAGCAAAGGUGGCAAAAAAGAACGUAGUAGCACUGGAACAACAAGAAAAGCAAAACGCAGGAAAUAUCCAGAAAUCUUGUCAGAUGAAUCUAGCAGUGAGGAAGAUGAGAAGAAGGAAAAGGAUGACUCUUCAGAAGAAAAGGAAAGCGAAGAGGAACCUCCUAGGAAAGCAUCUAAAAGAGAAAAAUCUAAAAAGAUGCCUUCUAAAACCAAGAAACCUGUGAAGGGUGCUAAUGUCAAGAAAGCAGAUAGCAGCACUACUAAAAAGAGUCAGAACAGUUCUAGAAAAGAGACCGAGUCUGAGGACAGUUCAGAUGAUGAACCCUUAAUUAAAAAGUUGAAGAAACCACCUACAGAUGAAGAGCUUAAGGAAACUAUCAAGAAGUUGUUGGCCAAUGCAAACUUGGAGGAGGUUACAAUGAAACAGAUUUGCAAGGAGGUCUAUGAAACCUAUCCUAGUUAUGAUUUAUCUGACAGGAAAGGCUUCAUUAAAGAAACAGUCAAAGAGUUGAUUUCAUGAUCUGAUUUGACCUUGGGAAAUGAAGAUUCCUGAUCUUACGUUCCCAUGGAUUUGAAGAUCUAAUAGGCACCAGCAAAAGGAAUGUUUCUUACCCUUGUGGUGUUUAGUUGGAACUGAUUCUGCUGAUAUGUCAAAGGUGUUGAUGUAAAUUGCUUUGUGUAUCUUUU